CUCGAACAGUGCAUUGGCAAUAAAGGCCUCUAUCUAAAUUAUAUUUCAUUGAAUCUUUAAGGACAUCAACAUUAUUAUACCAGCCAAUUUCAACAUGAAAAAAUAUUUUCUCUCCCUUUUCAUCCUUGGAUGGAUGUUAACUGAUGUGUACGGCAAUCCUUGCGAAGGAGUGACCAGUGGUUUUGUGGCUCAUACAGACUGCACCCGGUACUAUUCGUGUGUGAAUGGCGUUGCCCAUGAGUUACAAUGCCCGGCAGUCUUCCCGGUCUUCAGACCGGAAACUCAAAUGUGCGACGAAGGAAACCCAGAUGAAUGUGUUGUGUGUCCAGCAACUGGACUUGCAAGAUUCCCGGUGUCCGGAUCAUGCACUAAAUUCGUGUUGUGUGUGAACGGAAUUCAAAGUACACAUGAAUGUCUCAACGGAUUGAUCUUCGAUACGGAGCUUUUGGAAUGCAAUAUAGCUGCCAAUGCUCCUCCCUGUUCAACAGUUACAUGUCCUGCUAAUGAUGAUCCAGCCAAUCCGACGUUCAUCCGGCAUCCGACUAUUUGCAGGAACUAUUACAUUUGCGUCAGUGGACAGCCAGUGGCCCAGGAAUGCCCUCCUUCGACGGCAUUCAAUCCUGACACAAACCUUUGCGAUCUAGAGUCCCAAGUUACGUGUCCAGCAACAUUGCGUUCCAAGGAAGCUUUCCUCUCCCUGGUAUCCAAAAGCUUAUCAAAAGCCGACCAAAGAUGCAACGGAAACGAGGGAAUACACAAUAUACCUGAUCCGGAAGACUGUUCACGUUACUACAUGUGUAUGAAUGGUAACUCGUUCUCUGUACCGUGUAGCACUGGGCUGAUAUUUGACCAUAAAAGUAGCAAAUGUGGAAGCGCGGACACAUCAGUUUGUAUCAAAGAACACUCUACCAAUCCGUGCGCAGGUAAUGUUGGCUUAGCAUAUGUGCCUCACGAGCAAGAUGCCUCCAUGUAUUACAUGUGCAUGGGAGAAACAGCAUACGAGUUGUCUUGUUCUAAUGAUCAGAUAUUUGAUGUGGAAACUCGCAAAUGUGAAGCAUUUGUGUCGGAACUACCGCCGGAAAAUGUAUGUGCCGGCCAUGUUCAAACUACGACAAUUCCCGACCCAACAGAUUGUUCGGCUUACUAUAUUUGCGUAAACGAGCAAGCAUUCAGACAAACUUGUGCAAACUCACUCAUUUUCGAUGUUUUGACAAACGAUUGUAAUCACCCGGAUAAUUCUGUAUGCAUAAAGAACGUGGUAACUCCGCCAGUAGCAGAUCAAACUACAACUGUUGUAGCGGUUACUUCUACAGUUACUACCGCACAGCCGAAUAUCCCAACUGCUCCAACGGUUCCAAACGUGUCACCGACAAAUGUUCCUGUAGCCCCUACACCUGCUCCAACUGUGCCUACUGCACCAACGCCAGCUCCAACAACUGCAGCUCCUGUAACCACAGCAGCCCCUGUAACUACAGCAGCGCCUGUAACCACAGCAGCGCCUGUAACCACAGCAGCACCAGUUACUACGACAACAACUACUACAACUGCUGCACCGAGCAAUCCAUCAGCACCAUACUGCACCCCGGGCCUCGUAUUUUACCACCCACAUGCCGAUUGCUCCAAGUUCUAUCGCUGUGUCUUCGGUGCGCUGUUUGUACUGGACUGCCCCGCCAACCAGUACUGGAAUCAAGCUCAAGAAUACUGCGAUCAUAUAUUCAAUGUACGCUGCCCUUCAUCUUUAUUUUUAGUUUUAAAGUCGUUAGGCUUGCUUCUGCUGGCGUUUGCAUCAUAUUCUUUGGCUGAAGAACGAAACUAUAAUGAAGUAUGCAUUGGUGCACCGAAUCUAUCGUAUGUAGCGAGCAGAAUUUCAUGUGAAUAUUACUACGCCUGCAUCGAUGGUGUUGCCUAUGGAUACAGCUGUGAAGAGGGAAAGUGGUUUUCUACCGAAAGGCAACAGUGUGUUCCACCGGAGGAAUCGGAAUGCGACAUUGACCAGGCUCCUGAGUUGCCGACAGCCCCACCGCCCACUCCUUCUCCUAUGUGUGAUGGUGUGGAAAACUAUCGUUACAUAAGAUCUACGGAAAACUGUCAGUACUACUAUCAGUGCAUUGAUGAGUUCGCUUAUAAACUGUCAUGCCCACAAUACCACUGGUUCAAUGAAGAACAUCAGCGUUGUGGAAAUCGUUAUGAGUUUGGGUGUGAUCUGGAGGGUCCAACAACUUCGACUCCAGCGCCUGCUAACCGAUGUCUUGGUCAGCCACACUUCGGUUUAAUCUCCGAUCCGGACUUCUGCUACAGGUUCUUCAAAUGUAUGAACGGUUUUCCAUUCCCAAUGUCGUGUUGGGGUGAUUUAUGGUUCGACUACGACCAGCAAACUUGCGUAAAUCCCUCCGAAACGUAUUGUGGUGCGGCGACACCAUCGCCUGAUCCCUCACCUGUUCCAGAUGUUUGCAGUGAUGUGGCUGAUGGUCAAGGCAUUCUUCACGACAGCUUUUGUAAUGCGUAUUACACCUGUCAGAACGAGAUUGCGACUCUUAACUACUGCCUUGAUGGGCAAUGGUUUGACGAGGAAAGCCAGCAUUGCGCCCAUUCAAUGGACGUUUACUGCCCUCACGGAAUACCUACGACGCCUAGACCGGAUGUGUGCAUUGGUGGGGAAAAUGGCAGAUACGUUGCAGAUCCCACCGAUUGUGGUGCAUUCUUCGUGUGUGCCAAUGAAAUCGGCUAUCGCGUGUUCUGCCCUGCUGGUCAAUAUUUCGAUGAAGAAAGACAAGAGUGUGAUUUACAAGAGAAUGUGACAAAUAUGUUUUGGUCGUACCAACGCAAACAAAAGUUGACUCAUCCACAGUGGUUAGUGCGGGCUGUUUGGCAAAUUGGUACUCGGGAAAGUCCAUUAAUGCAACAGAUUUCAAUUAAGAUAUUGGGACACUUAACGAUAACACCGCGAAUUUUUCUUUACCAUGAGGUCAAAUUGUGCGGUGAAGAUAUAAACACACGGCGCAUGUUUUUUACUCCAUUUUUGAUAAUUGACGCAAGGAGCAUCGAACUGUUGGCUGCGAUGAAAGCCCUAAUAAUAGUCCAUUUAGGACUAUUGAUGCAUAUGACGGCAGCUAGAUUUGUAUCAGAUAAUAUAUGUCUUGCUAUGCCGAAUGGUCAAAAACUUUCGGUGACAAAUGAUUGCAAUGCUUAUAUUGUAUGUGCUAAUAAUGUGCAAAAUAUAAGAUACUGUCCAGCUGGAUUAGUAUUUGACCCAUUGUAUCAAGUGUGCAACUGGGCCGCUUUGGUGAAGUGUGGAGAAACUCCAACCGUCAUAGCUACAACUGUUGAAAUACCGUCAGCUCCUACCCCUGCUCCCACUGUACCUCAACCAGUGCAAACCACGACCGCGCCUCCCACCACAGUUCCUGCCACUACCACCAGAACCACAACAACUCCGCCCACCACGACGACAACGACCACAACCACUUCAACGGCAGCCCCAACUCGGUCAACUGCAACGACCGCCCGUUUCCCAGAAAACAGCCCAUAUCCACAAUGUGCCAGCGAUGGAUUCUACUUUAUUCCGCAUCCGUCGGCAUGUGAAAGUUACUACAUUUGCGCCUACGGCAUGCUCAUUCUACACAGUUGUGGACAGGGAGUCUAUUGGAACUCGGAAACGAAUCAGUGCGACUUCCCGGAACGCACCAACUGUUCAAAUCUUCCCAAUCCGGCCAAACCAGAGACUUCUACGCCUUCAAUUGGAACGACUACGCCUUCCAAGUUACCGAAUUGCAGAAGCUCAGAAAUUUUCCACCCAAGCAUUGAAGACUGCAGAAAAUAUUACAUUUGCAUUGGCUCUUCCCCGAUUCUGAUGAGCUGUCCAUCGGAUUACCUUUGGAAUGCUGAUAUAUCUCAGUGUGACCGCCCGGAACAGGCACGAUGUGCAACUUCGUUCAACUGAGAAGGGAUCGAGUGCAGAACAGAUUAGUGCGUAAUUUGUAAUGUUCCUAUAUUUUAACUAAUUUAUUCCAGGAUGUAUAGGAUUACUAAGCCGUAAGAUAUCAAUAUAGAUCGGGUCAGGUUAUGACAAUUUUA